CCCGCGUCAGCCCAGCCAGCCCCACCUGUGCUCCCAAUGCCCAGCGUCUUUAGAAUGUGAGCGCAUAAAAGUACGCACUCCCCCCUGGGCCUCCCAAACCGAUCGGGAGUAUAAGUUCUUGGAGUAGCCUGCAACCCAUCCUCCGUCCCGUCGCGACAAAUCCAUCUCAAAACACCUUCGCUCACACACAAGAUCCUCGUAUCUUGUAUAGUAAAACACCGUCAUCAUUUACAGCUAUCAACAACAAACUAUGGGGCUCGCUAGCAAGAUGGCCGCGGCGAAAGUCCAGAGUGCGCAACCCCCGGGCGGCGCCCCCGCCGCCGCUUCAGCCUAUCCUGGCGCCGACAGUCGUCCAACAUACACCGGCCAGCAGCCACCGGCAACUUACAACCCGCAAAAGACCGGACAAGCUCAGUACCAGGCCUACCAACCUCAACAGCAGCAAGCUCCUCCUCCGCAGCAACAGUCGUACGGUCAGCAGCAGCAGCAGCAGUACGGCGGCGGCCAACAAGCCUAUCCCCCACAGUCGUACGGUGCACCGGCGCCCCCCGGCGCGGGCGCGCUCCCACCAAAGAAAGCUAGCCCCGCAACCGACCCGGAGAUCCUCUUCUCGAUCCUGAAGGAGACGACGACGGAGAACAACCUGGGGAAUUUCUACGAUGACAACAGAUUACGACAGCUAGCGGCGCAGCUCGGACGUACGGAUCCCGUGACCACCAUCUGCGGGCGCUGGGACAUUCCUCUCGAGAUCUCGUUCGACCUCGUAAAGCUGGCGCUGUACGAUAUCGUCUUCCUGGUGGACGACAGUGGCUCGAUCGAGUUCUCGAAGCUCCAGGGUGAGCUGAAAUCGCUGCUGAGGAGCGCCGCGUUCGCAAGUAGUCUUUUCGAUCAGGAUGGCUUCUCGGUCAAGUUCUUGAACUCGACUGUGGAGGGGGAUAAUAUUCGCACCGAGGCCCAGGCGGAGGAUCUGGUGAACAGAGUGAGGUUCCAGGGCGUUACUCCGCUGGUUACGUCGCUGCGCGACAAAAUUCUCAGGAAAUAUCUGGGCGAGGUUCAUGAGCAGACCCCUAAUAUCAAGAAACCGCUGCUGGUGAUCAUCAUUACCGACGGAAUGCCCACAGACAGUCCCGGCCGCGAAUUCCAGCGCCUCAUCAAAGACUACAAAAUCAAGCCUGUCGCAUUUCAAAUCGCGCAGGUCGGUGUAGAUGCCGAUGCCCAGGACUUCCUUGCAUCCCUCGAUUCGGACCCCGAAGUCGGCGGUCUGAUCGAUUGCACAUCCAACUUCGAAAUGGAAUCAGCCGAGUUCCGGCGGAUGACCAACAUGGCGCUUACGCGUGAGCUGUGGUACACCAAGCUUCUGUUAGGUAGUAUCGACAGAACCUAUGACAAAAAGGACGAGAAAGAAUCCGGCUACGCGCCGCCCGCUCCCGCCAAGCCCUCAUACGGCGGCAGUGCGCCGGCGGCCCCACCAAGCCAGUACUACCAAGCCCCGGGCGGUGGCCAGCAGCAGUACCCUCCAUCGUACAGCCAGCAACCCCAGGCGCAACAGUAUGGUCACCAGCAGUACCCGCAGGGGCAGCCGGGACAUGGACAGCAGGGACAUGGGCCGCAGUCCUACAACAAUCCUGCGCAGUCCUCACAUUCGCCUGCGCCCCGCGGUCAGGAAUAUGGGUAUCCCCCCUCGUCUGGACAGCAGUAUCAGCAGGGGUACGUGCCGCCGCCGCCCGCUGGGUACAGUGCCCCGCCGCCUCAAGGACAGUACUAUAGUGGACAACAGCCACCGCCCGGAGGCCGCUACUAGGCACCUAUUUCAAUCAGUUCUGGCAGCGAGACUGGGUGGAACAGAAGCGGGGGCGGUCAUAAAGGGAUGUGGGCUGCAGAGUCUUUGCCUGUGUGUGUAGGAUGGGAAUAGAGGCCUUUUACUUGUUCUUGUUCUUACUUGUUUCUUACGACGUACGUUCAUGGGUGUGUAGUGGGCGUGAGAGCCAUCGCGGAAUGAAAAUGAAAAUAGUAUACCUACACGGUUUUA